GGCUUCAUGUAGCAGUUGCAACUGCUGCGUUACUUCUGCUGGACAGUAUUGCUACGCGCAGCAUGUUCUGUAGUGGCCGCCAUUUUUGUAGGUGCAAAUAUGUUUGUGUACAAAUCGCCGUAUUCUUUGCUUGCUAAACUCUGUUUUUUAAUUAUUUAUAAAAAUGGCAAAAAAAGUGUCAAAGUAUUAUAAUUGGGACGGUAUUAUUGUAGAAAUAACAGACACUGAAGAAAUACACAACCAAAUUGAAAAUGAUGGGAAUUUUGCCACCGCGUACUUCACUAAUGCAAAAAAAAUAGUUUUAAAGUCGGAUACAAUCAUUGAUUUUACAUUAAUGACUGAUGAUUGUCCAUCUACAUCAAUGACUGAUGAUUGGCCAUCUACAUCAAUGACUGAUGAUCGGUCAUCUAUAUCAAUGACUGAUGAUCGACCAUCUACAUCAAUGACUGAUGAUCAGCCAUCUGCAUCAAUGAUUGAUGAUCGACAAUCUGAAAAAGAAAAGUUAAAUAAAGAAGAUACAACCAAAGAAAAUAAGAUAGUUAUUGCAGACGAUGAUUCAACCAUAGCUGAUUGGAGUGAUCCAGCCACGAAAUUAUUGCUCGCAAGUUAUUUCGAACGAAAAUCGAAAUUUCGUGAUCCGACGAAAAGAAAAAAAGACUUAUGGAGAGAAAUAACAGAUGUAUUCAAUAAACAAGGCUAUAUCAUUUCGAGUAAUGCUUUAGGCAAGAAAUUUCGAAAUCUGAAGACCAGAUACAGUACUAUAAAAAGAAAUAACGAUAAGAAAAGUACAGGAAAAGGUCGUAUCAUGUGGAAGUGGUAUAAAGAUAUGGAAGAAAUUUUCCACGAGGACAAGUCGAUCAAUUUUGAUAAAGCGAUAACUAGUAUGGAUCAAGAAGAUUCGAAUGCGGUCAACAAUGUUACAGAUGAAAGUGAAAUUUUGGAUUUGUCAACAGUCAAUAGAAGGUUUAUUUCAGCAGCAUUGUUAUUUUAUUUUUCCAAGAACUGUUUAACUGCUCUUUAUUUGUCUUUAUUAUCUGAUAUGUCUUGCUCUUUUGACUGGUUUUCUGAUAGUAAAGAAACUACUGAGGAGUUGCGGAAGGAAGCUGAUGAUCCAUCAAACGCUGAUGUUACAUUGAAAGAUUUUCCAAGUGAAAGUAGUUUUGAUGUAAGAAAUGAAAACAGUUUUGAUACAAGUAGUCUUGAUGGCAGCAGUCGUUCGAAUAGUAGCUCUCGAAAAGCAGCGAAAAGCAAACAAUUAUAUAGCCAAAGAAGUCGACAACUGGAGAUCGAAACAAUGAAAAUCGAUGUUCUGAAAGCGAUCGAAAAUAAGAUCCAGCAAAGUUCAGCUAUACAACAGCAAAAUAUGCAGAUGUGGCAAGAAGGUGUCAACGCUAUUGCUGUUUCACAGCAAAAUUUAGCCGACGCGGUAAAUGCCAGAACACAGGCCUUAAAAGAACUGACUGAAAUAAUUAAGAAUGCGAACGUUACCAAAUAAAUUUCUUAUUAUACAUAAAGAGAAGCGAAAGAUUAUGAAAGACUAUCAAUUUAUUAUGGAAGACUUCAUAAUAAAUAAGUUAUAUUGAUAAUCAAAU